UCAACGAGUGUGGUGUGUGCUUCACACCGCAUAACAUUAACGGUCUUUAAAAUGUUGCCUGACAACGUUGACUGGCCAGUCUAGCCACUGUCCAGUCAGUGUUCGGUCGUCGAAAUGAUCCGCUCCGUCGUUGGGUGUCUAGUUGUAGUAGUGUUUGUGUUUUCCAGUCAGAUUGGAGGAGCUGCAAUCGUCAAAGAGCGCCUCUUCCACGAUGAAGCGCAUUAUCCGAAGGAUUUGGAUGGAACCAAUUCCACGCAUGAUCUAACGGCGCUUCCGAAAUGGAGCAAAUCGUCGCUGACCUACGCCAUCACAAACUACCCGAUCGGAGUGCCCGAAGGAACGGUUAGAUCUAUCAUUCGCAAAGCAUUCGAUUCAUGGAGCCGAGUUACGAAUUUGGACUUUGUGGAAAGACCAAGCACAGCUCAGACGGACAUUCAGCUUUCCUUCGCUGGGAUGAAUCACUACCGUAGAGGCAUACCGUGUCAAUACAGCCACGAAAAUACGCUUGCUCAUGCGUUUUUCCCAGAGCUUGGGGAUGUCCACUUCAACGCAAAAUAUUUUUUCACUGGUGAAACGUCAUUGGAGGAAUUUCACAAUACGGCAGUGCACGAAAUUGGACACUCGCUGGGAUUGCCGCAUUCCACUUCGAGACAGUCGGUCAUGUUCCUUGCACAACUUAUUGGUAAUUUGCUAUUUGAGCCGCAGCCGGAAGAUAUUCAGGCAAUCCAAAAACUGUACGGAGUCCGUUCAGCAACACCCUCAACAACGCAAAGUGCACCUACCGGCACUACAACCCGUCCAACACCUCGAACCACUAAACCACGAACGAAAACACUGCUCUGCUCACUAUCGUCCUACGACACCUUCGUUCUGGAUCACCGAGGCAAUAUCUGCGUUCUAGCAGGUCAAUUCUACUACAAUCUAAACGAAACUAACCCACCACCGAGGAAAAUCUCAGCCAAGUGGCCCGGGCUCCCUCAGAAAGUGAAUGCUGCCAUCACCUAUCUCGAUCAGAAAACCUACUUCUACAAAGACGAUCAAUACUGGAAGUACGAUAAACGUCGCCUGGAAGAUUCCUACCCACGACCCAUCAGCAGGGGAUUUCCGGAUAUUCCCAGCGGUUUGGAUGCAAUUUUGGCUGUCAAGUCGUAUGGAUUCUUCGCAUUCCAAGGGUCACACUACUGGUUCUACGACACAAGAAAUCCUAAACCGGUUGAGGUGGAUUAUCCUAAACCGGUGGGAGAUUUCGUCGGGUUGCCAUCGCGAGUGGAUGCAGCCGUGACGACGACGGAGGGCAGGCGAUUUCUGUUCAGUGGGAUGAAGUAUUACGAGCUUGAUAACAUGAACCGGGUUGUGCGGCGAGAAGGCGACGUGCGAAGGGAUUGGUUCAAUUGUUAGGUGAGGUUGUGCGGCGAAUCGAUUCUAGUCAUGGAACGGAAGUAUUAUUUUUAAUGAAAUAGACUAGGGAAUGGCAAGAGCCGGCUGAAAAUGUCAUUUUCAGCUAAAAGAUCUCACACGGUUUUUACAGAGAUGCUUCA